AUGGCUAAGGCAAAGGAACCUAAGAUCAUACAAGAUUUGAAAGAGUGUGUCAGGGACUUGAAACAAGAUUAUAAAGAUAAUCAGUAUCCAGUCACUGAUGAUAAUACAGCACUGCACAAAUUCUGUGCUAAAUUGGAAUAUUUGCUUCAAGUGGAAAGAAAAGAAAAAAGUAGUCUGCUUGGAGGAAGAAAGGAGCAUUGGAACUAUUUCUAUGAGUGUCUGUAUAAGGUUAAAGGCUUGAAUGAUGGGAUUAGAUUUGUCAAGUCACUGAAUGAGGUAAGGUUGCCGUUAGGCAAAGGACGUGCAUUUAUUCGGUACAGUUUGGUCCAUCAGAGGUUAGCAGAUACUCUACAACAAUGUGUUAUGAAUCAAAAAGUUACCAGUGAUUGGUAUAAACCCAAGUCAGUGCUACUAAACUCAAACUAUUGCAUGCUGAUUAUCAAUGACCUGUAUGACCUCAAUGAUAUUCAGUUUGACCUUUCACCUACUGGCUAUGACCUGGACAAUGCAUGGCCCACAUUUGCAAGGAAAUCUUUUGGAAUUCCAGCGUACGGAUUAUGGCAGCCACCAAGUAGAUCAUCUAGUGUGAGCAGUCUAACUAGUCUAACAUCCCAGCCGAAUGAUUCUUUCGCGCCUGGCAGCCCGCGGAUCACAACAAAAUUGAGUGUGUCAGAAGAAAAGUACACAGAGCUACAGAUUGAGGUGGAUCAGCAACAGAUCACUAUUGAACAGCUGAGACAGGAAAUUGAUCAGCUUCAAAUAGAUAAGGACGAGAUGAAAAAACUUGCUCUGGAUACUGAGACGCGUUUAUCUGAUGUGACGAACCAGCUGCAGAGAAAAAUACAGGAUUUGGAGUAUAAGGCUUCCAUAGUGACAACUGAACUUGAAACAAAAGGUAAGACAUGGGACGAAGAAGAAAAGAAGCUGAUAAGUCGUCUGGAGGAUGCAGAGAAAACUAACAAUGAACUGUAUGUGAGAAUUGAUUGCUUGAAUAAGCAGCACGAGAGUAGAGAGAAAGUCUUUUCUGCCGGGGAACAUGAUUUAAGGCAGCAAUUGAAAAGUUCAGAGGCUUGUUCUGCUGAGCUUAGAAUUGAGCUGAAAUCACUGCAGCAGGAACUGUUGUCAAAACAAACUGCCAAUAUGCAGAAAAAGGAACAUAUUCAGGAUUUGGAAGGAAAGCUACAGAUCAUGGAAUCAAAAUGUGUUGAGCUGAUUGAUAAAAUGGAAGGUUAUGUUGAUGAUAAAGAUAGCAAAGCUUCUGAUCAUUUUGAUAGUUCAAAUAAAGUACAUGAACUGCUCAAUAAAAUGACAGAAACCGAAACAUUAAAUAUCUCACUGAAAGGUGAAAAUGAUGAACUUCAUAGGAAAGUUCAAAGCCUUAAAUUGAAACUUGAAGAAAAUGAGAAAACAUAUAGCAAUAAUUGUGAACAUUUACAAUGCGAAUUGGAAGAACUUCAGAAAGCAUCGUCCACAACAGAAGAAAUUUGUAAAUCAAAACUUGCAAAGUUUGAGAAAACAAAACUUGCUUUGUCGCAGGAAAAUGAACUCUUGAAGGAACAGGUAGAAAAACAGCAAAGCGAUUUACAUAUGCACUCGAGUGAGGUAGACUCUCUACGAGUAAAUGUGAGUAAACUUAAUGAGGAGUUAUUAUCGAGGCAAAAUGACAAUCAGAAAAAAACAAUGGAUGCAAAAAAAGUUCAAGAAGAUUUGAACAUCAGAGUUUCCAAAUUGACAAAUAAAUUGGAACUGAUAGAAAGUGAAAGGGCCUCAGAAAAAGACAAACUUGUAGUAAAGAUACAAGAAUUGGAGGAAAGAAAAUGUGAACUAAUAAACACAUGUGAAAAUUUAAGGGAUGAGCUGCGGACACUGAAAAUUGAGAACUCAACAUUGCAAACACGAUUUGAUGAAACAGACAGUGGUAUUGUGCUUAUGAAAAGUGUUGCAGAGAAAACACAAGUGCAGUUAGUUAAGAAAAAUGAAAAACUUGAACAUGUGAAAACUGAACUUUCUGAACUGAGAGAGCUUGUUGAUUGUGUGGAUGGGACCUAUGAACAAAUGCAAAAUUUGACAAGAAAUGUGUCGGACAACAAUAAAAUAUUUGGUGAGAAGAUUUUGGGGUUUGUUGAAGGAAGGCGGAAAAUGGAGGAUAGACUGAAACAUCUAGAUAAUAGAAGUACUGAACAAGAGACUCUGGUUUCUGAACUUCAACAGAAAACUGUAAAACACGAAAUGGAAGUCAGAGGAUUACAACUGCAGCUCGCAGAUUUGAAAACCUACAUUAGUAAGUUAGAAAAUGAACAAGUGACAUUGCAGUCUGCUUUUGAGAAUAAGACACAAGAGCUAGAAGAUGCAAAGGUCAAGUUUGUAAAAAAGGACGAUGAUCAUCAAAAGCUGAUGAUAGACGUAGAGGAGCUAAGGAAAGUUAUGUCGCAGAGAGAGAUUGAUUUUGAAAAGUUACUGACUGAGAAAGAAGAAGUUGAGAGACAUUUAUCUGAGACUAGAGAAGAGGUGGAUCAUAUACAGAAAGAGAACCGUCAGCUUCAGGAUAUGCUGAGAGAAAUUGAGCACGAUGUUGCAGAGAAGAUAACUGUUAAAGAUGCAGAAACUGUGGAGUUAAUGCUGAAGGAGGAAAGUCUAGAAAAAGGGAUGAAUGACCUCAGAGAUAACAAUAUCAUGAUGGUGAAUGAUAAUGAUGAUUUGAAAGACAAACUAAAAAACAUGGAAAUUGAGCUUGAAAACUCUAAAACUGAGAUCGAGAGAAUAUCAAGGGAUAAACUCUGCUCUGAUGAGAAGGUGCGAGAAUUUGAGUCCGCACUUGAAAGAGACCGAGAAAGUUUGAGACAAACGCAAAGUACAUUAGAUGAUUUGAGAAAAAUCCAUAAAGAUGACUCAUCACAGGAACAAGUUUUUGAGGAACGAAAACAGCAGAUGAUGAAAGAGCACGAAGAUAAAGAAGAGUUCCUGAAAGAGCAGUUCAAAUCGAUACAGGAUGAUCUGAAAAAUGAAGUGAAAAUCAAAUCGAAGGAGCUCAAAGACCUGAAAGAUCAGUAUGAUUUGUUGCUGAAGGAGAAAAAUGAAAUUAAUGAUAAAAAUAAGCACUUGAAUAUGGAAAUCUCACGCAUCAAUGAAGCAUAUGAUUUGCUGGUUACAGAAAGGGAAGAGGUGCAAGAAAAGUUGGAGCAAAGUAGUGUGGAGGCUGCGGAUAAAAUCUCAAGUCUUACAAAAGAGAUGGAUGAACUUAUUUGCAAUGUGAAUGCAAUAACUCUGGAGAGGGACAAUGUUCAGAUUACAAAGAAUUACUUGCAGAAACAGCUGGAUGAAAGGGAUGAGAUUAUGAUGGUAAAAGAGGAGAAGGUUGUGGAACUGCAAGCAGAGAUCACUAACUUAAAGGCUAUGAUGGAGAGUGAAGUAUCAGCACUGAGUUUUCAACUGAGUACUGAAACUAUGCAGUACCAACAACAGCUGAAGACUUAUGCAGAUCAAGCAAUUGAGAUGAUGAACCUGAGGGAUAAGAAUAGUGAGAAUGAACAACUGACAGCACAACUAGAAAGGCAACUCAGUCAAACAAUAAAGGAAUCUGAUCAAGAAAUCGAAAAACUCAGAAUGGAGCUCCAAGAAGUUUCAGCUGCUAUGGCUGCAAAGAAGGAGGAAUGUCAGUCUCUUCAUCUCAGUGUUGAUAAGCUCAGUGACGUAGUACAAGAAGAAAGAGAGGGUAACAAGAAAGCAAAGUGUGAAAUUUCCAGAUUGCAAAAUCAGCUUGAUAAUUUUGAGAAAAACAAGGAGACAGAAAUGGCACAACUAGAUAGUGACAAUGCAGAAUUGAAGAAGAGACUAAUAAAACUCAUCAGAGAUAAGGACAAUCUAUGGCAGAAGACUGACUGGUUAGCUCAUCAGCAGAAGCUGCAAGCUGCCGAAAGAUGGUUAGAUGACAAAGAGGUUUCUCAUUGUAUGCUGUGUAACACUGAGUUUUCUAUAAUAACUCGUCGUCAUCAUUGUCGUCUCUGUGGUAGAAUAUUCUGUCAUAAUUGCUCCAAUAAUUGGAUCAUGACAAAACACAGCAGUAAAAAAGCCAGGGCCUGUCAAGGUUGUCAUGCUAAACUACAACACCAACAAGAUGGUGGUCUACUUGAUGCAUCAUUGGUGGAAAUGAGUGAUGAUGAAAUAGACCCAGCCUUAUUGAAAAGCCAAAUUUCCAGACUGAGUAUGGAGUCUGGAAAUGAUGACAUGUCGUCAACGACAACUACUCCAGAUGAUGACGAGAGGAGUAAUAGUCGAUCAUCUUUUGUAACUGCAUCAAGUGGUGUCAUGUCCCCUUCUUCUGAAGAUGGAAACGAGUUCCCACCUCGUACUAAUGACAGUAAUGUAGGAACAGGAAAUACUAACGAAUCAGUGAAACCCUUAUCUCUGUUAGAAGAACCUAAGAAAGUUGAUCCAUCAGCAUCUGUUGUCAUGACAACAGGAGAUGUUGGGGCUGCCUCGGAGACAACGAUGGAUGAUAUUGACUCCAGCAGAGAUGAGUUGUUUGAUUUGAUCAGUGAUGAAGAGAUUGCUAAAACCAAAGAAGAUGAGAAAUCAAAUACGCUAGGCAGUAGUAUGGAAAUCAGUGACGACAGUUUGACUAGUAGCUUAACCAUGUCAGUGGAACAACUGGAGAAUCCAUCCAACGAAAGCAAAGAGAUCUGGAUAAAACCAGGUAAAAGUUACGUUGUACCUGUAUUAGUUGAAAAACCUGGAAUAACGCUUUGCUGGGAGUUCACCACCGAGCCAAAGAAUAUAUCAUUCAGUGUUACAUACAGAGAGACUGAAGAAACCAAACUAGAAGAUAGUCAAGUUUUAAUACCACUUUGUAGAUGUAAUUCUCAUCGACAAGCUGUACAAGGUGAAUUGAUGGCAAGACAGUGUGGUCUCUACACAUUGCUCUUUGAUAAUUCAUUCUCCAGGUUCACCUCCAAAAAGGCUAAAUAUAAAUUACAAGUGAAGCAACCAGGAGCUGCCAAUUUAAGCAAUUGA